CCCACCUGUAGUGUACAUGGACAAGCCAGGUCCUAGCACAGAGAGAGGUACCCCACCUGAAACCAUGAACGCUCACAUAUUAUCAGAAUCUCAAGUAAGUUUUAAAAGAUAGGGUACUCAAAUCACAUAGCAACAAUCAUUUACUUUGUUUAUAUAACUUAAUGCUCAUUAACAACCUCCAACACAGGGCUGAGGGUAGCUCUUCAAUUUCUGAUUGAAUCAACUUGACUAGAUCAUUGUGUUUUGAGAAUGAGCGAAACAAAGCUCGAGAAAAUGUGGAAAAAAAGAUUGCAACAAAACAACAAAUGUGUCGGCCAGAAGCCUUCAUCGGCAAACAAACAACGGUGAAAAUGGAAUUAAAUUAAAAAAAUAACACAUAGCUGAAAUGUAGUAGUAGUUUCCGAGCAGAAAGCUAACCUGAUUGCAGUCUCUCUCCCCUUAUUACCAUUGUGUUGAUUGUGUUGUGGCACUUUAAAGAAUGAAUGCCAUCAUGAUGUUCCUGCAGUGUGAUGUGUGUGUGUUAGGUUAAUUAAAACCAACAGGUUACCUGUUCUCAGAUUGACAUCGAUGUACUGCAAGAACUGCCCAGUGACAUUGCCGAGGAGGUGUUGCAAGACUUGAGACUCAGGAAGAAACAUCUGACAGAGGAGCAGGAAGACCCACCCCAGCACACAAACAAGCGGCAGAUUGACUCAAACCCCUGUCCUGCAAACAUCAGUGAGAGGAGGGACUUCCAUGAUAUCCUCCCUUCACUCUCUCAGGUAAAUCAAAUGGUUCCCGGUGGAUGA